AUGGCCAAGUCCAAGGGUAAAGGUGCCUCUAGACGAGAGGCUCAAACCCACCAAGAUGUCAGCCCAGCCAUCCGGCUUUCAAACCUGGAUGAUGUGGGUUCUGCAAAACGUCCGAACCGAAUUUUGAGCGACGAGGACGAGGCUACAGUCGCAGAGUGGAUAGUUCGCUGGCUCGAUCAUGGUUUCCCUCUCGAGAACCAAAAGCAAGUGAGCGCCUUUGCCCGAUAUUUCAUGCACAUUGUCAAUCAUCCAAACAAGGAUGUCGGUGUAGCCAACGACUUUUAUGAGAACCUUUUUAGGCGGAACCGCGCUAUCAAGGACCGUGUUCAUGCUGCGCGCAAGGCCUACAAGAGUGCGAAAUUGAAGAACGAGGGCCGAGAGGCCAAGGAAGAAAGACUUGCCAGGUUUCCGGCAUUCCUUAAUAAACUGCAAUGGGGAUUGAAAAUCCCAUCUGAGCACCUUUAUGUGUUUGGCGACACGGGUUUUGUGACUGCAAUUUCCUCAGAGCAUCAGGGAUUAUGCAUUGAGGCCUCGACUCGCGACGACGGAGAUUACCGGAAGAUGACGUCUGCCAUAAUUUGCGGAAGUGAUAACUACCGAUUCUUGUCGCCUUACCUGAUCUCAAAGACAAGUGCUGUCAAUCAGCAACGAAUGGUUUACAGGAAUGUGUCCACCUCCUUCGCAGCCAAGCCAUGGGCCAAUGCAGAAUUUUUCCUCGACUGGAUCGAAUGUGUCUUCGAGAAAGAGACCAAACCCGUGAGGAGUAAGGGUCCUGGCGCCCCAGGGCGACUUCUGCUGGUUGAUGGGAUCCGUUAUGGAAUUACUCCAGAGAUAUUCAUGAGCUGCUGGAAUAAAGGCAUCUACUUGGUGUGUAUACCGCAUAAAGGUUCUCCUUUCUUCAAUCCACUAGAGUGUGGUGUGUUCUCCAAGAUGCACAAGGUCUAUGCUGAAGAGGCAGCUACCAAAUAUCGUGAAGCGAAAGCUCCUUUCAUUCUAGGCCCGAGACAUGUGACAGAUUUCAUUCUGCACCUACUGGAUCGAAACCUGUUGAAAGGUCAACUCGAAAGAGCAUGGAAAAAAAGCCAUCUCCAUUCUAGAGAUGAAGAAGCCCUCCGCAAGCAUGUUAAGGGGAUACCUGCAACGCCUGCGCCCGUGACUCCGAUCAAAGCAAGAACAAGAUCAGCAGCCCGGCAACAAGUUAUUCAAACUCAGCCAAUCUCUCCGCCGCGCUCUUCUCAGCAGCCCGAGGAGAGUCGACACGCUCGCGAGUCAACAAGCGAUUCUUCAAGCACGUCGGAGAAUGAAUACGAGACACCUAAAAGACAGCGGCCAUCGGGGCCUCGUAACCGACCUCCACCUGCAAAUAGUCUACCAAGGGAUGCUGGAGUUGCCAAAGAAAACCCCUCCCUUGAAUCGCCAUUACGGGCUCAUUGUAUCCCACGACCGUCGCAGAUGAUUCAGAUAUCUGAUGACGAGAGCUCUGUCCAUACGGCAUCAAACUCCAUACCUUCAAAUGGCGAGAACUCUGACGAAGAGGCUUCGAUCCGGGAAGAAGCCACUCCUAUAUUCCGAGCAUCUUCACCAUCUCGACAAAGGCCUAUUUCGGCCUCGUCUUUCUACGGAAUGUCUGGAGCCCUCCUGGAACCCCGAAAUCAGUCACCAAAUCGCACCCGGGUAAUUGCCCCUUCUGUUGAGAUCAUCAACUCCCAUACCCCUGUGCGGACAGAUCAUGAUGGUCCCAGGCCUCGAGACAACGAACGCGCCGAAUCAGACGAGAUGCUAGAUACUACCGAAAAUAUCUGGACUGGAGCAGGCCUUGAAAGCGCUUAUCGAAUGCAAAUUCGCGCACUUUCAGAUCCCCAAACGCCAGAAAAGCAGAGGAAAACAUACGAGAAUAAGCUUCUAGCUUUAGCUCCGAUUUUCUCUGGAUUUGCACCUGGGACCGUUAGUGCUCUACAAGCCCUCGCAAAAGCAAGCUCAAAAAAGGAUCCAGCCCAGCCAAGUUCAUCACGGCCUCUGACGCCCCAGACGUCCCAACGGGCCAGGGUCAGAAAGGAGAAACCCAACAAGCAACGUCGGCAGCCUCGAACGGAUAGGGGACCUCACCAAAGAACCAACCAUACGUACUUUUGA